AUGGCCUAUGCCUCGAGCUCCAACCAGCAAUCAGUGUCUGCCAAAAAGCCCAAAUAUGAUUCGGCAGAUCUAGAAUGUUAUACGGAGACCAAUGGGGUCAUCACAACUACCAUGUUUGACGUUCCCGGUUACCGCGUUGUGAGAGUCCUAGGAACUGUUUACGGGAUGACAGUGCGGACCAGGAACUGGGCAGCGAGCAUCGGCAUGGGACUGAAAAGCGCGGUGGGUGGCGAGCUGAAGUGGUUCACGAACAUGAUGUAUUCUGCUCGUAAUGAAGCGGUCUCUCGCCUCGUCGACGAGUGCCAGAAGCGGCAGGGCAAUGCUAUCAUCGCUAUGCGUUUUGAUGCUGCUGAUCUUGCUGGAUUCGCUCAAGUCUGCGCGUACGGAACCGCUGCAUUGGUGGAAAAGGUUGAUGAAAACGCUGCUGAUGCCCCUCAGCUACUGACGAGGUCCUAG